GGGCGGCCGAGCUGCGGGCAGGAGGGCGCCCGGCGCGCCGAGCCGGUGCCACACCCCCCGCCCCCCGGGGCCCAAGGGCUUUGCCGGGGGAGACACACAAAGACAUGCGAAGAGGGGCUGAGCGAGGCUCGCGCACAAAGACGCCGGGGCGCACGGCCGCUCGGGCUGCACCGACCGCCCCCGCGCCGCGCCGCGCCGGGGACGGGCCAGCGCGGAACCCGGGGCGGAGCGCGCGGCGGCGGCGGCUGCCGGCCGGCGCGGGACCCGGGUCGCCCGCGCUCUCCGGGUGACCCGGGCCCGGCCGCAGGCGCGUGCGGGGGCGGCGGCGCCCGCGCCCAACUUGGCCUUGGCCUCGCCCUCUGCCCAGCCCGCCGGUGUCCCCUCCUUCCCGCGAUUUCGUUUCUUCUCACGCUCCCCCCCACCCCCUCCCGCGUCCAGCCCCGCUCUCCCCACCUUGUAAAACAAAGCCGGGGAAAAUGCCUGCCCGUGCAGCUCGGAGCGCGCAGCCCGACUCUGAAUAAGAAUGGCGGCACCUGACUUGCUGGACCCUAAAUCUGCCGCUCAGAACUCCAAACCGAGGCUCUCGUUUUCCACGAAACCCACAGUGCUUGCUUCCCGGGUGGAGAGUGACACGACCAUUAAUGUUAUGAAAUGGAAGACGGUCUCCACGAUUUUCCUGGUGGUUGUCCUCUAUCUGAUCAUCGGAGCCACCGUGUUCAAAACCUUGGAGCAGCCUCAUGAGAUUUCACAGAGGACCACCAUUGUGAUCCAGAAGCAAACAUUCAUUUCCCAACACUCCUGUGUCAAUUCGACUGAGCUGGACGAACUCAUCCAGCAAAUAGUGGCAGCAAUAAAUGCAGGGAUUAUACCUUUAGGAAACACCUCCAAUCAAAUCAGUCACUGGGAUUUGGGAAGUUCCUUCUUCUUUGCUGGCACUGUUAUAACAACUAUAGGAUUUGGAAAUAUCUCACCACGCACAGAAGGGGGAAAAAUAUUCUGUAUCAUCUAUGCCUUACUGGGAAUUCCCCUUUUUGGUUUUUUGUUGGCUGGAGUUGGUGAUCAACUAGGGACCAUAUUUGGAAAAGGAAUUGCAAAAGUGGAAGAUACAUUUAUUAAGUGGAAUGUUAGUCAGACCAAGAUUCGCAUCAUCUCGACGAUCAUCUUUAUACUCUUCGGCUGCGUACUCUUUGUUGCCCUGCCCGCGAUCAUAUUCAAGCACAUAGAAGGCUGGAGUGCCCUGGACGCCAUUUAUUUUGUGGUCAUCACUCUAACCACCAUUGGAUUUGGUGACUACGUGGCAGGUGGAUCAGAUAUUGAAUACCUAGACUUCUACAAGCCUGUCGUCUGGUUUUGGAUCCUUGUAGGACUUGCUUACUUUGCUGCUGUCCUCAGCAUGAUUGGAGACUGGCUCCGAGUAAUAUCCAAAAAGACAAAGGAAGAGGUGGGAGAGUUCAGAGCCCAUGCCGCUGAGUGGACGGCCAACGUCACGGCCGAGUUCAAGGAGACCAGGAGGCGCCUGAGUGUGGAGAUCUAUGACAAGUUCCAGCGCGCCACCUCCAUCAAGCGCAAGCUGUCCGCGGAGCUUGCCGGCAACCACAACCAAGAGCUGACGCCUUGCAGGAGGACCCUGUCUGUGAAUCACCUCGCCAGCGAGAGGGAUGUCUUGCCUCCCUUACUGAAAACUGAGAGUAUCUAUUUGAACGGACUGACGCCACACUGUGCAGGCGAGGAAAUUGCUGUUAUUGAGAACAUUAAAUAACCCUCUCUUUGAAGAACCUGAGGCAUAGCCAUAGGUGAGGACUUCUUUAUGCUCUUUAUGACUGUUGCUGGUAGCAUUUUUUAAAUUGUGCAUGAGCUCCAAAGGGGGAAAAAAUAAUAGAUACACCCAUCACGGCCAUCUACCAUCGAGAGAAUCUGGAAUUCUGAGCCAGCACUAUCUUUUCGAUGAUGCUUGUGGAGUGGUCCACUUUCCUCGGCAAGUGGAAUGGAACAAGCAAUGUCUGAUGCCUUUUUGUGCCCAGACUGUUUUCCUCCCUCUUUUCGUAACGUGCCAUAAGGCCUCAGAAUGAAUUCUAAUUGUUUCUGGUAAUCAUGUAGCUUCGAGGGAUCAGUCCUUAACUUUUCAGGGUCUACCUAACUGAGCCUAGAUAUGGACCAUUUAUGGAUGACAACGUUUCUUUUUGUAAAUGGCAAGAGAUUCUUAUGCAGCCUUUUACCUAAGAAAUUUUCUGUCAGUGCCUUAUCUUCCGAAGAAACAGAACCUCUCUAGCUAAUGUGUGGUUUCUCCUUCCCAGCCCCACCCCUAGGCUCACCUCUGCAACCCUUUAUCCCACAACUCCCGUUUGAACACCAUACCUUGCUGGGAACAGUGCGUACACUGAAAUGAUGAUGCCCGAAGAAGGAAUAGAUGCCAAAUUAGAUGGACAUUGAAGCAACACUCAGAAAUUCUAGCGUUAAAGGCACUGCAAAGAAAUGAGGUGCACAGACGGCCCCAUAUACACAGUAUAAUUAUUUCCAACGUGGUAAAAUUGGCUGCUCCAAACAGUCCCUUUUUUUUCCCUGGCAGUAAUUGGAUGUUAUCAUUCAUUCAUCACUACACCUUAAAAGGCAGAAGCAGAAGGAAAAAAAAAAAUAUAUAUAUAUAUAAUGCUAUAUAUAUAUAUAUAUAAUGCUAUAUAUAUAUAUAUAUAUAUACAUACACACACACACACACACACACUCUCAUAUAUGCUCUGACAGAAGAAAAGCUGUUAAACACGGAUCUUACUAGAGGUGAUUUAAGACAACUGGUGUGAAUUACCGUUCUGAAGAAAAGAAGAUAGCACAAUAAUGUGUUACAACCAUUUGCUAAUAAACAUUAUGCUGCCAGCCCCUAUUUGCUUUUGUGAUGUGGAAGACUUACCCGAUGUUUCUUUCCCUGGGUGACUUUUGCCAGACAGGAGGUGAUGCUGUGGUUGGAGUUGGGCACAGCCUCGCCUGUGUGGGUGCCCCCCUGGAGCUGUGACUGAGCAUGAGAGCAGUUAAAACUGGGAUCACUGUGAUAUUGCACAUGGGAAAAAAUGCAGAUUGCAGGCAUAAUUCAUCUUUGACAUCAGAGAAAAAGCUGUUCUAGCACAAUUUAAAUCUUGAGAGCUUUUUUUUUUUUUUUUUAAAGAUAGAAAAGGCUGAUAACCCUUUUUAGUUGAGUUUUAUAUCCUGUAACUCUUUGGAUGUUUCCAAGAUUCAGAAGAAAUUCAUUAAAGGCACCUAGUAGAUUGCUACUCUCUUUUAUUUUCAUACUUAGAUCUGCUGUACUUUGUAUAUAUAAUUUUUCAAAUGCAGAAAGAAGACAACUUCCCCAAAUACAAUUGCAAAUAUUUCUUUUAUCGGGGGGGGCGAGGGUGGUGGAAAUAUCUGAAUAUAUCUGAAUAAGUGGCAUUCAGAUUAGGGACUUAAAACAUAAACUGAGGAUCUUAAAAAAAAAAAUCUAAAUAGAUGCUUAUUUUCCAAAAUUUAAAUUUAAGCUAGAAAUGUAAAUAUUCAGUUAACUUGUUGAAGGUACUUUUAUAAACUUAAAAAAAUUCUAACCAAAAUUUUAGAAAGUGAGGCUCUUUUAGAAAGAAAUCUACACCCAUUUCUUCGAUAACUGUUAAAGUUCCUAUGGUGAAAUGCACCAUGUAUAAACUGUGAAUUGUAUUGACAAAUAAAGUUUGUAAUUAAAGUCAGCAUUUUCUGAGUCUCCUGCUUGCAGCUAAGAAUGGAGAUGGGAUUCUAGCCAAGGAGAACUCCAGGAUGUCACUUUUCAUGCUGAGUUUUCUGUGGCGCCUUCGUUCACAAUAUUCAAGAACUAUUCUUGAUGCAGUAUUACUACCCUUGUUAAAUAUGUGCAGAAUGUUCUUCUUGGUGACUGUUAAUCAAAAGUAAAUUAUCCGGGCAUUUCCCUUUUGCAAUACGAUAUUUUAAAUAGCAUGUAAAUUCCAAGAUUGUUUCUACUACAUUAAGACCUAUUAAUGUCUUAUUUUAUCAUUGUUAGACCUUGUCUUGACACUGAAGUAGUCUGAAUGCCAAACACAGGCAUCUGAAUAUUUUUUGUAAGGGAAAAAACAAUCCAAAAUCCUGGCAAUGUCAAAGCCCAAAGAAGUCAGUUGCCAACUAAUCUUCUAGACCUCAUACCGCAGAUGUUGGAACAACAGACCUUAUCAGUAUCUUGCAUAAAUGUAUUGAUUCAUCCCUAAGCACCUUGAUGGCUCAGUAUAUAUCCUAAACCUGGUUGUCAACCUUAUCCUCAAAAUUGGGGAAAAUCUAAGAAAAACUGUAUACCAGUUUUAUUUCCUCAAGCUUUAAUGUGUCUACUUACUGUGAAGAGAAUGUGGGUACAGAUUUUUGACAUGGUCUAGAAUUUCUAGUGAACUUAUUUUUUCAUCAGACCAGUUUAAAGCCUAAGUAGUUUUUGCCCUGAAAAAUAUCCAAAAAAAAAAAAAAAAAAGUCCUAGAAUGAACAAGGAUCAGGAACCCUUUGAAAUCUUAGACAUGGAUUCUUGAUAAGAAUCCUCUACCUUACAGCUAUUAAAUGUAAAAGUGAUUAUUUUGCAGUUCCUUGAAUUUCUUACACAAAUCUAUAUAUUUUGCUACCUAGUUAAUGUCAUCCACCCUCUUUUCAAUAAUAUUUCACUUUUGUAAUGCAGGAAGAAGUAAAACUUCUAAAGCCAAGAGAGAACUGAAUAAUUUGUUUCUUGUGGUCAAUAAAGUGGGAGCAGUCUGUAUGUAGGGCUUGGUUUCUUUCUCAAAUUCUAAGGACCAUGUGAUGUGUAAGAAAGACUAAACCCCACCUCACUUUGUAUAAAAAAAAAUGUGUAGAAUUCUUUGAAUCUCAAAGGCUAGAGUUUCCAAGCAGACUAAAGGAAACUUUAGAUGAAAUACCAAAAACAAAAACAAAUUCAGCCAUUGUGAAGACUUGAGAUAGUUAUUUAUGCCUAAGAACUACAGACCUAGAUCAACUUAUAUUGUUUUCCUUUUUAAAAAAAAAAUUUGCUGUUCUAGUAAAAUCAUAACUUAUUUGUGGUGUGCAUUCCUUAUUAAAGUAUGAGUAUAAGUUUGCUUUUGUAUAAAGUUAAAAGAUGUCUCUAUUUGGAUACUCAUAAUUCCAUUAAAGUUAAUAU